GAGAAGUAAACAGGAAGUGAUCAUGAGUGUUGUUUACAACCAACCAAGCAAGCAUGGUCACAAAUUAAUAGGAAAAUUAUAUCAGAUUUAUUUAUAUUUUGAUAAUAUUGAAAAGCUUGAAAUGCGUGUAAUUCUGGCAAUAUUCAGGUAAUCGUCUAGUUACCACCAUCAAUAAGAUUGUUAUGUUGUAGCCUAGAACGUGUAAAAAGUUAUAGUAUUAGUACGGUACACAUUUUGAUGGCAUUACAGUUAAUACACUGUACACUACAGUUACACAACUACAACAAGAACUAAGAUUACUUAGACCUAAAGUAAAGAAGUGAAGAACAACAUUCUGAAUCUGAAUGUGUAAGUCCCAGGACCUGCUACAGCAUGUAACAUUAAAGGAGCUAAAUCGCUAACAUUUGGGACCUAGAAAUUGACAAAAUUCCAGUUGUUGAUAUAAAAGUUAUACAAAAAUAAAGAAAGAUGGACGAGAGCUGGAAAAAUUUAACUGUCGCAUUAGAUAAAAAUAUCAGUAAAGCUAUUCAAGAAUUGGGCUUUCAAAAAAUGACACCUGUUCAGGCAGCAACAAUACCACGAUUUAUCCAGAAUAAAGAUGUGGCUGUUGAGGCUAUAACUGGCAGUGGCAAAACAUUGGCCUUUGUAAUACCUUUAAUACAGAUGUUAUUACGUAGAGAAUCACCAUUAAAAAAACAUGAGAUAGGUGGUAUUAUAUUAACACCGACUAGAGAAUUAGCUAUACAGAUAGAUGAGGUAUUAAGGCAUUUUUUGAAACAUGUUAACCAGUUCCAAUCAGUUUUAUUUAUUGGUGGAUCAGAUGUUAAUGCAGACAUUGAAAACUUUAAAACAAAUGGGUGUAAUAUUAUAAUAGCUACACCUGGUAGAAUGGAAGACAUGUUUCAAAGAAAACAAGAUGGCUAUAAUUUAGCAGUUUCAGUGAAAGCAUUGGAGGUACUAGUAUUAGAUGAGGCUGAUAGACUUCUAGAAAUGGGAUUUGAAACCAGUAUUAACACAAUAUUAGGCUACCUUCCAAAACAGAGAAGAACAGGUUUAUUUUCAGCAACACAGACUGAUGAAGUAGAAAAUUUGAUACGAGCUGGAUUAAGAAAUCCAUUAAGAAUCACUGUUAAAGAGAAGAAGAGCACUGAAAGUCAACUAAUUCCAAAAACACCAGCAUUAUUAGAGAAUUUUUUUAUGAUUGUCGAUGCAGAUGAAAAAUUAAAUCAACUAAUUCAUUUUUUACGGAAGCACAAAAAGGAAAAAAUUAUGGUCUUCUUUAGUUCAUGUGCUGCUGUAGAUUAUUUUAAAAAGAUUAUUGAACUUCUUGUGAAAAAUUCUAAUGUUUUACACAUCCAUGGAAAAUUAAAACAUAAACGUGUUAAAGUUAUAGAAAAACUACGUAAUUCUGACAGUGGUAUAUUAGUAUGUACAGAUUUAAUGGCUAGAGGUAUUGAUAUACCUGAUAUUAAUUGGGUUAUACAGUUUGAUGCACCUAGUUCGGCCAGAUCUUUUGUUCAUCGUUGUGGAAGAACAGCUAGAAUUGGUAACCGUGGAAAUGCAUUAGUAAUGUUAUUACCUGCAGAAGAAACAUAUAUAACUUUCCUGAAAAUAAAUCAGAGGACGCCUAUGCUAGAGAUGGAAAAAUCAUUAGAUGCUGCCAAUAUUUUACCUAAAUUAAAGAAAUUUGCCAAGAGAGAUAGGUCUCUUUAUGAAAAUGGCAUGAAAGCAUUUGUGUCUUUUAUACAGUUUUAUGGUAAACAUGAAUGCAGUAUGAUAUUUAAAACAAAAGAAUUAGAUAUAGGACAAUUAGCUACAGGUUAUGCUUUAUUACGUCUGCCUAAAAUGCCUGAAUUAAAAGGUAAAACUAUUAUAAAUUUUGAAGAAGAAGAUGUUAAUCCAGAAACCAUUAUGUACAAAGAUAAAUCCAGAGAAAAACUAAGACAAGAAGAAAUAAAGAAAAGAGAAGCUGGAGAAAUAACAAAGAAGGGUAGAAGUUUUAAGUCCAAGCCAUGGUCGAAUCAAAUUGUCAGAAAGGAAAAAAGACAACAGAACCGUGAAAGAAGAGCAAGAAAAAAGAAGAGGAAGAUAGAGUUAGAUCAGGGAGAGUUAGAUGAAUUAGAUAAAGAUAUUAAACUAAUGAAAAAAUUAAAAACAGGAAAGGUAUCUGAAGAAGAAUUUGCAAAAGAUUUUGAUGAAAUGGAAGAAAAGAAGGUCAUUGGUGUUAAAUGAAUUUCACAAUCAUAUAAAUUUAACUCUAGACUGUGAUAUGAACAUUAGUACUAUCUAAAAAUAAAACAAAAUUAUCUAUAAAUACCAACAGUGUUGUUUAGGUUGAUUUGAUGAUUAAAAAGGUGAAAUGUCUUUAAUGGCUGUAUUCAAUCUCUAGUCAAAUAAACUGUUUCAGUUUCUAUUUUGGUGGUUUAAAGGACAAUGUUGGUGUCUACCAAUAUUACGUAAGUUAUAGAACUGGUAAACACAUUCCAAAUAUAAUUUUAACACAGAGAUUUUGCUAACAAAAAAUUGAAGAAUCGGGAACUGACACAACAAAAGAAAGCAGUUACCAUUACUGGCUGAAGUAGAAAACGAUAACAAUUUUCAGGUCACUGAUAGUUUCUUUGAAGACGAAGAGUUUUUAUAAGACACUGAGAAUAAUUGUUUGAAACCAACUAUUCAUAAAUAGAGAAAAUUAGAAAAAGUCGGUGCAUUACCUUGUUUUGAUUAAUUGGAUGGAGCAAAUGUUAAAUCUUUUCAUCUUCUCAUAAACCUCUUGAUGCAUUAUUUGUUCAAAUAAAGUUGCAUGGUCCCAUACAUAAUUAUGGGGUAAAUUUAGAAAUAUUUGAUAUCUUCCCUUAAACCACUGGAUGUACCUUGCUUGGUUGGUUUAUAUUUAUGUUUGUUAAAAUAAAGUCCCAUGACCAUUGAAAUAGUGGAGGCCCACCCUGGAGGAGCAAGGUUAGAUACUUUCAACUUAAAACUGUAAAAAUGUGGUUGGCCCGGUACUUAGACACAGGGGCUAAUGGAUUUUCUUCUCAUCAGAAAUGAAAUGGCAUUAACAUCCAGUAUGCUAUAAGAGAAAAAUUUUCUUGGACAGUGGCGCUACAGCUUACACAUAUGUCAAAAUCCAACAGCUAAGGGAUAUUUUAAGUGCAUGCAAAUGUGUACACAGGACCUUAGGUUUUUCAUUCCAUCCAAAUGACUGAAUGUUGUCCCUUGCCAGGCCCUCUGUCCCGUUCUUCUCAUCAGCAUAAUGGAUUUUAACAUUUAGGACAUAAAGAAAAAAUAUAUCUCGAUUAAGACAUUAAAUUUAUCUUUAUUUUAUUAGAAAACACAUUUAUUUAAAACAGCAGUAUUAAUAACAGAUGUCAUGUAUAAAUGUUUUUGUAUAAAGAAAGGGUGUAUUUAGGGAAUAUCUCUUUAUAACUUAAUAAAUGAAUUUACUGUCAGGA